AUGACCGUAAUUGGAUUCCCGGAAGGCGACGAGAUAUGGAAGGAGCGAACAUUUUUUGACCAGAAGAACGGUGGGUACUAUAAGUGCUUCACCUACUUGCGGAGAUGGGAGCAGCUUCCCGGCCCGAGCGAUUGUCAGCAGCGCUUCCUCCUCGAUUUCGAUGCUAUCACGGAUUCCAAUAAUCUCUCACAGAUGGAGGUCUUUGUCCACGAUCGGCGGGAGGAUUUCACAAAUUUGGGCCUGUUGAAACCCGAGCAGUUUGUCGUUGUCAGAAACACAAUCACGAAACUUUUGAUCCGUCCUGAAAUCAUUCAGAAACAAAGCAGAAUGGAGAAUCCGUGUACCAUGGACGAGAGCUACAGUCAAACACGGUGCUUGGAGAAGUGCUUCUGGGAAAGGAUCCAGACCAACCCUAGUCUGCCGUGUCUGUUCCCAUCCCUGAUGCCGAAGGAAGUCAAUUUGACGAAGCCAGAAUGUCAAACGGCCUCUGCCGAGAUUGAGCAAUCACAAACAUUGCGGAAAUCCAUGGGUGCGGUGAUGGACCAACUGUGGAACUGCAACUGCCCUGAGAGAUGCAGCGUCACUGACUAUCACAUAUUAAGCGAUCCAACUUCUGCCUGUCAAACGUCCGGCAUUGAGAAUGGGAAGGCGCUUCUGUUCUACAGAUUCCCAUCGAGUCGGGUGCCGUAUUCUCUGGAAAUGGGGAAGUUGACCCUUCCUGAUCUCGUGUGGAACGUCGGAGGAAUCGUCAGCAUCUAUCUCGGUCUUUCUCUCAUCAUGUUAUCCGACAUCAUCGAGCAGGGGUGCUUCAACUUCCCCUGUAGGGCAUUCCGACGGGGAAAUGAGAUUCACGGCGAAAAUGACUGA